AAUCUGACACCUAAAAAUUUGUAGGUUAUAACCAUUGUUGAUAUUUAUUAGACCUUUCAAUGACCAAUAUUAAAUAAUAAGCAAUUUGCGUUUAGUAAUUAUAUUGUCAACUCAGUGGGUCGUUCGCAAAUAGCAAUAAAUGGAAAGGAAAAUGAUAUAGCACUCGAGAAAAUCGUUCAGAACUGGAUAUACGUACUUGGUCGACGUAAGUGUAAAGAAGCAAUAAUACAAGUAAUGCGUAAAAUUGAUAUUGAUGAGUUCAGUGAUGCUGAAAUUGGUGAAGUCGAUGUCACGAAGAAGCUGUUGGCUAAAAAGCCGACAAACAUAUGUUACACUUCACUAUGGAGGAUCAUCGCUGUUAUAGCUACAUCCUUUGUGCUGUUAUCGGUGGUGUUUUUACUGAGAUAUUACAUGAGAUUCCUACUCUUAUGGCUGGAACAUCAAGAUGGGUCUGUAAAGAUGACGUCUACCGUGAUAUUAUUUUGUCUUGUUGCUCUUCCAAUAUCAAUUGGGUAUCUAGUAUUGGUAUGCAUAUCGGGAUACCUGUAUGGAUUCUGUUUCGGACUUCCACUGGUGGUAUUCGGAGCCAACUUCGGUCUCCUGAUCGCUAAUGUUAUACUGAGGAAUUUAGGACACCAUCCUAUCGUGCUAAGAAUGACCGAGAAUCCUACAGCUCAAGCUAUUAAAAGACUUAUUUCAGGACCUUCCAGUUUCAAGAUUGUUUUAUGUGCUAGGGUUACUCCAAUUCCGUUCGGCCUCCAGAAUACCAUAUUUGCUCUCAGUAACGUGAAUCCAAGGAUAUACCAUUUGGCUUCCUUGGUUGGGUUGUUCCCAACCCAGAUUUUGGGCGUUUACCUUGGCAGCACUCUGAGAGCUAUGCAAGACGCGUGGGAACAUAAGAAUUUCUCAACUUCUGCAUAUGUCGUAAUCACAAUACAGCUCAUCAUGGACAGUUUGAUGAUGAUUUGGGUGGGUUACAAGGCAAGGAAAGAAUUGGCGAGAGUGUUAUCGGAUGCUGAUAAUGUAGGACCAAUUUUGAUGUGAAAGAAAAAAACGAUAGAUCUGUAGAAUUCAAUCGAAUUUAAAAGUACCUUCAAUCGAAGCCAAAUACUUGAUAUUGAGAUCGAAAGAUAUUUUUGUAAUAUAUAUUAUAUGACUCGAAGUAUAUUAUUUUUAUUUAUUGACAAAAUAUAACGACAUAAGAAAUA